AUGGAGGAUCCUAUCCUGCCACCACCCAACGCCAUUCUGUAUAAGCUUCCAAUCGAACUGAUCCAAAUGUGUACCGGACUCAUGGAUUCCAAGACCUUUGUCUCUUUCAGAGGCACAUGCACAGCGCUCAAGGCGAUCCUCCUGGAAGAGUACAAAGCGCGAAUGCUGAAGCAUGCGACGACUCCCUCGCCCCAUAGUGAGCAGGGCUAUUGGAGUAUCCGGGUUUCUAUGCACAGCUGCAAAAUCCUCAGGUCCUAUCUAGAGUCAGGCGUGGAUCCUAAUAUGUUUAUCCUCGAUCGCUGGCAAACUAGUAGUAUGCCCCUACAGCGACGGCUAGUAUCAGCAGCGGUUCAUGACGGUCACUACGAUGCGGCCGAGCUGCUGUUGGAAAAGGGAGCGGACAUCCACAUGCCCCCUACUAAAUACCGGAUUGACCGAACCAGCAAGGCAGUCCGAAGGUCUUCAGGCAUUGGACUGUCUGGACAGAUCGGGGCGACCUUUUCAAGCCCUCAUAUCUUUGGGAUUCUCUGUGAGCAUAAAGAUGGUGUUGCCCUGUUCGAGCGGGUGCUCGAAACUGGAGUCGAUAUCAAUCAUGUGUAUCCGCGUGAUUGGUGGACGGGAAUGCUCGAUUUGGAUCUGGAAGAGGUCACGGUCCUGCAUCUCGCGACCGCGGUUGGCUCUCCAGGCAUGCUGGGUCUUAUUUUUUGA